CCGGUUACUUGCCUCUAGAAGGCUGCAGUCCCAGGCGGCGGCCAAGACCGCAGCUGAGGGUCGGCGGCCGCGGCCGCUGCCGCUCCCGCUGCCGCUCCCGCUGCCGGCCCUACCACCACCAGGAGCCACCGCAAGAUGUGGGUUUUUGGUUAUGGGUCCCUGAUCUGGAAGGUGGACUUCCCCUAUCAGGAUAAGCUGGUCGGAUACAUCACAAACUACAGCAGGCGCUUCUGGCAGGGCAGCACUGACCACCGCGGGGUCCCCGGCAAGCCUGGAAGAGUUGUGACUCUCGUUGAAGAUCCUGGGGGUUGUGUUUGGGGUGUUGCUUACAAACUGCCAGUAGGAAAAGAAGAAGAAGUAAAAGCAUACCUUGACUUCAGAGAGAAAGGAGGCUACAGAAACAUAACAGUCAUUUUUUAUCCAAAAGAUCCCACAACAAAACCAUUCAGUGUGCUGUUAUACAUUGGAACAUGUGAUAAUCCUAAUUAUCUUGGUCCUGCCCCUCUGGAAGACAUUGCUGAACAAAUUUUUAAUGCAGCUGGUCCAAGUGGAAGAAAUACAGAGUAUCUUUUUGAGCUUGCCAAUUCUGUUAGAAGCCUUGUACCAGAAGAUGCAGAUGAGCAUCUUUUCUCCUUGGAAAAAUUAGUAAAGGAACGUUUAGAAGAAAAACAGAACCUCAGUUGCAUAUAAAGACCUAAUCAUUAACUUAUUUAAAUAAUAGAUCAUUUAGUCUUCAAAGAGUAACUUCAGCACACAAUGACAAUAUUUUGGAAAUUUGUUUAGUUGAAGAUCUUCUUGUUUUUAAUGUUAUAGCCAUGAUAUCAUCUGAAUGUAUAAUUUAAGUGCAAGUGUCCUGAAACACAUAUAUUCAGAAGACUGACAUACAGAGAAAGAAAAAAUUCAAGUUUUAAUAAUAUAAUGAUUUCCUAAUUAUAUGAUAUUGAACACUUGCUCAUCACAAGUGAAUUCUUUAGAAACAUACAAAGUACUCCCUUCGGCAGCACAUAUACUAAAACUGGAACAAUACAGAGAAGAUUUGCAUGGCCCCUGCACAAGAAUAAUGGGCAAAUUUGUGAAGCAUUCCAUAUUUUUAAAGAAGCAAAAUAUAGAAAUAUAGAAAGACUUGGUUCAGUUCUUGUUUGUAUCAGAGUAAAAUAAUCUUGUUUCAUUUCACAAUACUAUUUUGAGGUUAUAGAGAAUUAAGCCAAAAGUCCAAUAAAUAUUAUAAAUAUUACUAUACCUUCAAUAUGUUCCUAUAAAAUAAUUCUAUAACAAUGGUUAGAAUAUGUAAGCUUAAAAUGAUGUGCAAUUUUAAAUGUAUGUUAAUACAGACAACAUUUUAUUUUGGCCUUGARUGUGAAUUUCCUUGUUAUUCAAGUAUAAAAUGAGACUUUCAAAUUUAGGCCAAAAGAAAUUGGCAUUUUUUUUUAUUAUAAAAAUAUCCUUGGAAUUUUAGUCUGCURUAUCUCUCCUUUCUUGAAUAAAUGCAUUACAUUACAUAGAAAAUAAUUCAUUUAGCUAGCUAAACAGUACAAAAUAAUAGUACAAAUCACAUCCACUAAUAAUAAUGUCAUUUAUUUUGUACUUAUUCUGAAAUGGAAAAAAAGGGAUAGGCUAAUAAUUAUAGAUUAACAGAAACAUAUACACACAUAUAUAUAAUGAAAUUUGCAUGUUUGAAAUAGCCUUUGGAAUUAUAAUUGUUUAAAAAAUUAAAUGGUAUUACCUGAUUAUCUGCUACACAACUUUAUUUUCUUUCCUGAAUCUUGUCACCUAAAUAGGAGUAUCAACUGUGUUUGUGCUAUUACUCACAUAGGAAAAAAAAAUACUUAAAAUUAUGAACUCAUAUAAAAUUAUCCCUAAUUUAGGAGCUAAUUGUAAGAUUUUCUAAGAGAUUUCUUUCUCAAUACAAUACAGUCUAUAGAAUCUUUCAACAUGAAAUGAAUUUCAGUAUCAUGUUAAAUCUAAUAGAAAACUUUAUAAAACUCCUCAAAUCUACACAUGACUAAUAAUUAGUACAGAAGUUUUUCACACAAAUUACUGUUGUCCUAUAUAAUACAAACAAUUGUCCUUCCCCAUUUUUCUAUUUAUUAGUCUCUUAGUAACCAUUUUAAAUAUUUUCUAAUAUUUUAAAUUUUUAAUUUUCCUAAAGUCAUUUCACAUGUCUAGUGCUACAGAAAAGAAAUGAGCAUUUAUUAAUAUCUAGGAUACAUACACUGCACUAGGCACUUUACUUAUGGAGGCAAUAUGUCCCAUUUUUUUGUAUAACUCCUCUGAGCUAGCUUUUACAGUAACCUGCACUUAGUUACACAUCUAGUAAAUGGCUGAAAUCCAGAUCUGUCUUUUAAAAACCACAUGAACUUAAAAACCACAUUUUCACAUCCUGCAUCUUUUCUCCAAGAGGUAAAAAACUUUCACAUUUUUGUAUAAUGAAACAGUAUAUAACUUAUUAUUACACAAAAAAAGUUAAUUUCAACAGAUGUUUCUAUCCCCACACAUAUAAUAAGCCUAUCCAAGAUUCACAGGCUACAGCUCAGAAUCAUAUAGGUCAAUACAGAGGAUCAGCUUUUCAUUUUACAAACAAAUCAAGGCCCAAAGGAGUUUGGGACUUACCAAAGUGAUUCUUCUACCAUUUAACAUGUACAAAUAAGUUACAAAAAAAAACAGGUUAUUUGAGGGAAUCUCCAAUUGCAUGUUUUUCUAGGCUUUCAGUUAGAAGUUAGACUAGAAAGUAUAUGAACAUAUUCUUGGUAUAACAUCAACAUUUAGAGUAAGGCUGUGUUCCAAAGAGCCAGGAGUUUUCAUUAGGAUGGGCAGAAACCUGAAUAAAAUGAAGAAGUUAAACAGUACUAUAUUAGAGAGAAGCUGGGGUCUGGAGUCUUCAAGUUAGGAAGAACUAUUAACUCUGGUACAAAAUUAUCUAGUGGUGAAGGCGAUCCCCCACUCACUGUCUUGACAGGGUCACAGUGAGAAAAAGUGUUGGCAAAGCCGC